AUGAGCGACCCGAAAGCGUGCUGGGAGUGCCACAAGAGACGCCUCAUCUGUGACUUUGCAAGUCCGGCUUGUCAAAAGUGCGAGGCUAGGGGCGUUGCUUGUCCUGGGUAUGGGGAGAAGAAGCCGUUGAAGUGGCUGCAGCCUGGACAGACGAGGUCUAAGGGGAAGAGGGCUAAAAAGGAGGUCAAUGUUAUUCGGCUUACGUUGAAGGAUCCGAGUGAGGCGACGAGUGUCUUUGAAGCAAUCGAAUACUUCAACACUCACAUUUGUCCCGAUCUAGUAGCCAAUGGCGCUGGUGGUGGCUCCAACUGUCCCUUCAUCCUACACCCCUCUGAAGCCCCCUACAUCCCUACGGCCAUCAGACACACCAUGGUGUCGAUUGCGCUAGCCCAUCGUGUCCUGCAGUCGGAGCAAGGGUUUGAGGCCGACAGGGCUUUGUUCUCCACGAGGCUGCAGAAGCAUCGUGGUGCAGCCAUCAGACAUUUGGCGAGCGACUUGGUGCCGGGGUCGCAGCCGGACACCAUCACGUUGGUGUCUAUCCUUACCUUUCUUUUGGCAGAGGUCCAGCAGAGUUUUUCGUCCAGCUGGCGCCAGCACUGCGAUGCCGCCAACACCGUUGUGGAACUUCUUGGCGGGAUGAGUACCAUCUUGCUCUGCUACCCCUUUAUCAGACCCGUCGUUCGGUACUACAUCCUGCACGUGGAAUUUGAGUAUUUAUCACCUGCAUACCCAGAUCUAACCUAUCCUAGCAUCGAAAUCUUGAGCACCACGACAGCUCCGGUAGUUGAAGAAGCCCGAGCACGUCGCCAAAUGGAAAUCCUCGGCUUCCUACCCAUGGCCUUCAACAUGGGCCUUUUUACCACAGUUCCCUGUGCCCCGGAGCUUCUCGUCGACAUUGUCUUUGUCAACCACCUCCAGUCACAAGCCCAAGCCUACGAAGGAGCCGUAUUCGACACCAACCUCCAAAAAGCCUCUCUAGACUUGCUCCAGAGGAUUCAGUCCUUCUCUGCUGAGAGCUGGGUCACCAACAUUGACCUCAACGAGAAGUUGAAUGAAGAUCCUAACAAGCCUUCGAAGCAGCGUCAGGCAAUUUCGUGGGACUGGCAGAGCGUUGCGUACAUUUACCAGUCUGCCGUUGCCUUGUACUGCAUCUCGUCGCUACUCUAUCCUCAGUAUACCCAGGAUAUGCCCCAGACACUUGACAAAGAUGUCGACAUUGCAGCUAUUCGAUCAGCCUAUCUGGCUACCCUGCUCAGCAACAUCAAGGACGUUGCGUCAGGUUCAAACUUGCAGCUCCGAAAAAUGCUCAUUUGGCCGCUGGUCAUCGCAGGCAUCGAGGUGGACGUGAACGACGAAGCGUCGAAGAAGCUCAUCUGUGGUGAACUGGCUUGGAUCAGCAAGGUGGUAGGGACGGCUUCGCCGCUGGUAGCGCAUGACUUCUUGUCGAAGCUUUGGAAGUCGGACUGGAUUCCCACCGGGUAUGGGAGAAGAAGCUGGAAUAGCAUUUUUGAUAGGCCGUAUGUGUUUGUCAUGUAA